UUGUGCAGAAGAGAUUUGUUACGACAAUUCAGCAAAUGCUUUGUGUUACGUACACUUCAUAUUGCUACUGGGCAAAAGCACUAUAAAGUACGGUACUGUGUAGAACGUGAAAAUGGCGAGAAAGUUAUGCUUAUUGUCACAUCUCUUGUGAAUGGUACUACACUUCGAGAAGCAGUUCAGUUUAUACUGCAGAAUUUUUUAAAUGAGUUGAUCAAAUGCGCGGAAUUCACAAAUAACCACCGAAUUUUGCUGUAUUCUUCUGCUUUCAUUUUUCGGUAUUACCUCUUUGUAGAAUACAAUACAGCAGUUUAUGACUUGGAACAGAUUCUACACGUUAGACGUAAACGCAUGAAAAAAUAUGGAGAUGAGUUAAUUUCUCCUGUAUUAAGUGAAAAAAUUAUUGGACAUAUUCUACGUAAGAUUCUUAAAGCUCUUUCUUACUUACAUCAGUAUGCUUUACACAACAAUCUGGUUACAAGAUCAGUUGUUGUUACUACGGAUGGCGAUAUUAAAUUGACUGGUUUCAAAUGGACAAUCAUGAAAAAUGAAGAUACCCGAAGAGCCCUUCGCCUGCGUGAAAAUCGUUUCUUCGGACGACCGACUCAGUGGGCACCUGAAGAAACUCUAAACAAUAUCGAACAUUACGGACCACACACUGAACUUUGGCACGUUGGUUUGUUGAUACCUGAAAUGAUUACUGGUGAAAUUUUUCAUCUGAUCACCACUAACUGCUCAGAAGACGUAAAACAGUAUGCUGAGCAGCUUGUUCGUUUCCUUUUACUGAAAUUUAAAAUGCCUGUUCCAUACACCGAUUGGUUUCCAACUGCAGCCAAAUUUGCAAUAAGUUCGGACAUUGUACGAUUAUGGCACAGUUUGAUGCAACCAUGCUACUAUGAACGACCAACAGUUGAAGAACUUUUAGAUCGAAAAGUUUGCGACUUAAUACAGUCCAUAAAUAAAUCAACGCUUAAAGAAGUUUUGCUAAGUGAUGAGCGCAAUUAUCGUGUAAUAAGUGAAGAGUCAAAAGAACCGAUACAAAAAUGGAACCAAUUAGUGAAUUAUUCACGAGAACAUGGAGCAAGCGAUAUCACACGUCUAGAAUCUUUAUAUCUUGGCAUGGGACGCAGCGAAUUUUUCUCAUCAAUUAAAUGUAGUGAUAGCUUUGAUAAGAAUCCAAUCUACAGAAUUGAUUUCCGCAAAGUACCCAAUGAUUUACUAUUAUGUGUAUGUGUUGAAGUAUUCAAGCAUCGUCAAAGAAGUGCUGGUUUAGCUUUGACAGUUCACUUAGAUAUGACUACUGCUGAUAUUUGUACGGUUGUUUGCCGUUAUGUCUACAAAUUGGUACAGAAAGAUAUUAUUGGAUUCGUCAAUUAUAUUCGUAUUAGCUUAGAAGUGAUACAAGUUUUGAGACGACGUGAAGGAGCACGUAUCAAAUAUCGCUGCUGGCAAAUCCAUUUAGAUGAAGACCAAAUAAACGAGAAGUCAGAAGCUCUUGCUAUCGUUCAAGUGGUCUUUCAUGGUGCCACAGCUCGAGAAAUCCUGGUAAAUUUUUAA